AUGUGCUGUAGACUCGCAGCCUCGCUGUUGCUCCUGCUCAUGUCCCUGCGGCCGAAUUGCGCCGCCAGUUUGCCAGGUCACAGCCAGCAGUUCCGAUCCCACGCACUGAAGAGGCUGCUCGAGGUCUUCGGGAUGGAGGACGCCCCACAGUCCCCUCACAGGGCCCGCCAGCCCCCUCAGUAUAUGCUGGACCUUUACAAUGCAGUUGCAGACGUGGACGGAGUGACCAAGCAACCUGAUUUACUCGUGGGAAACACGGUGCGCAGCUUCCUGGAUAGAACUCGCAGCCAGCAGUUCCAGUUCUUUUUCAACCUGUCCAGUGUGGCUAAGAGCGAAACCAUUCUUACCGCUCAGCUGCACCUCUUCAAAUUGAGAGGUCGACUCUUUCAGGAUAACCUGUAUGAAAGGCAACAACACUUCUGUCAGGUCAGUGUCUACCAGAUACUGGACAGUAAUAACACAUCUACAGCAGAGGAAUUACGACUGCUGUCAUCCAGAAUACUGGCAGUCCAUGACAGCACAUGGGAGGUCUUCACAAUCACCAAGGCUGUAUAUGCAUGGACACAGGAUAUAAAGAGCAACAAAGGCUUGAUGGUCAUUGUGCAAACUCUGGCUGGGCAGCAGACCAGCAAUCAUUUUGUCCGUUUUGCCACAGGACGAGAUCAUCACAGCAGCAAGCAACCAAUGCUGGUCCUCUUCACAGACGAGGAGAGGAGAGGGAUUACCACUUCCCCGUCACGAAAAGGUAAACAUUUGUUACCCAUCCCUAACUGCCCUAAAAUAACACUCCAGAACAAAGCAAGCCAGAACCGAAACACAAGGUCCUUGCAUUUCCAAGCAUGUCAAAGGCAUCCUCUAUAUGUAGACUUUGAAGAGAUUGGCUGGUCUGGUUGGAUUAUCUCCCCUCGAGGUUACAAUGCUUAUCAUUGUAAAGGAGCAUGUUUCUUCCCACUGGGCCAAAAUAUGAGACCAACCAAUCAUGCCACUGUCCAGUCUAUUAUCAAUGCUCUUAAACUAGCUAAUGAUGUGGCAUCUCCAUGCUGUAUCCCAGACAAACUCUUCUCCAUUAAUCUUCUCUAUUUUGAUGAUGAUGAAAACGUCGUCCUGAAACAGUAUGAUGACAUGGUUGCUGGAAGCUGUGGGUGCCAUUAACUCAUUAUGGACCCCUCAUUCACUGAGUUCUCAUAACCAUCCCAGUCUUGCAUAAUGUCUAGCUCCUGAGGUGAGAAACCAGCAUCCUCAGGAGAUCUGAAAGCAAUGGGGUUAAUAGCAAUCGUUUUAAAAAUGCUUACCAUGCAAGAAAAGUGUUGGUCUGAGAAAUGGCUUUAAAGAAAAAGGUCAAUCCCUAAAGCAAUGUGUGCAGACUGCAGAAUGAGUUAUAAAAUGUGUAAAUGUGUAUAUAGUGUUAUACAGAUGUAUUAAUAUAUCAGGAUCAAGAGUAAUUCUGGCAUUGAUUAAUGUAAAUUGAUGUAUUAUACAGAAUACAUAUAGCAUAAUAG